UGCUCGUUACCUAAGUUUAUCAAACCAAACAAUUCACGAUUCCCGUUUCCUAUAUAUCGAUCUCUCUUUAAUUUAUUUGUUAUUGGGGGAAACAUGGGGAAGUUUUCUAAGUUUGUUGGGUUGUUUGCUGUGACGUUUGUAAUGGUGCUAGCAAUAGCGGAGUGUCGUAAGAUUGAGAAAGAAACAUUUUCUGAAGGCCUAGGAGGUGGUUUAGGUGGUGGUGCUGGUGCUGGUGGGGGAUUUGGUGGUGGUGUAGGAGGUGGAGGCGGUGCUGGUGGUGGCUUGGGAGGUGGUGCUGGUGGUGGUGUAGGAGGUGGAGGCGGUGCAGGUGGUGGCUUAGGAGGUGGUGCUGGUGGGGGCUUUGGAGGUGGCAAAGGUGGCGGUGUAGGAGGUGGAUCCGGGGGUGGUGCCGGAGGUGGAGUUGGCGGUGGAAGUGGAGGUGGUGCUGGUGGGGGAUUUGGUGGUGGCAAAGGUGGCGGUGUAGGUGGAGGUGUUGGUGGAGGCGUUGGGGGAGGCGCGGGUGGAGGCGUUGGGGGAGGCGCGGGUGGUGGUGUUGGAGGAGGAGUUGGUGGUGGAGGUGGUGCUGGUGGAGGCAUUGGGGGUGGUGCAGGUGGUGGUGUUGGCGGUGGAGGUGGUGCCGGUGGAGGUGCUGGUGGAGGCUUUGGGGGUGGCAAAGGUGGCGGUGUUGGAGGAGGAGUUGGUGGCGGUGCUGGUGGAGGGAUUGGUGGUGGAGUUUAACUCCCAAAUUUAGCUAUCGGCUAUACCUAGCUAAUGCUAUCAUGCAAAGUCGUACGUGUAAGACUCCAUGCAUGGAACUUGUAUUACCUUCUACUACUAGAGAAUAAAUGAAGACAUGUAACGUGCCUAGGUAUUACCUUCUGUUGAAGAGGGGAGUGCAAAUAUCCAAUCCCAUUUAUGUGAUGAAAUGCUACUGCAUCAUUAAGAUUAAACAAAGAUAUGGUCAGGUCCUCAUGUGCA